ACAGUAACAGUGUGUGUCAGGACGUGCUGUGGUGUGCUUCUUGCCCUUGUUUCUGGGUGGGCACAGGGCACGGUUGUAGGAUACAUGACUCGCUGCAUGUGUCUUUGAGUCCAUCGUCAUCCUUAUAUGUCUUUAGAAGAUGCUGGCUGCAGACUCCAUACUUGAUUCUUGAUCCUCCUCUCCCUCCUCUUUCCUCCUCCUCCCUCCUCUCUUCUCUCUCCUCUCCUCUCCUCUUCUCUCCUUCUUCUCCUUGCCUUCUCACCACCACCACCACCACCACCACCACCAUUACACACUAACUCACACACACACACACACACACACACACACACACACACACACACACACACACACACACACACACACACACACACACACACACACACACACCAUAAAACUACAGUAUUUCCCUCACAUUCCUUAGCUCAGGUGUAUGACCACUCACUCUCCUUUAUUGCCGAGAUAAUGUUGUUUUUGUAGUGUCUGUCUGACAUGCAGCAUAUAAGUCAGUUUUGCAUUCAAUAGGCAAUAGGUUGUGCUAGUUUGACUUAUUUUCUUAAUUAUAUGUCACUGUUAUUCAUUUUCAUUUGUCUAUAAUUCAUUUUUGUAUAGUUAUUUCAAUUUUGUUUUUGUUGUAUUUGUUAUUGAAUUUUUGCAAAGCUUGCAUUACUUGAUUUUAAUGUAUUAUCCUUACCUCUGUUAUUUUAUCUUUGUUUUGAUUUAGAGCUACUUCUGAUUUUAUAAAAAGAUAUAUUUUUGUCUAUAUAUUAUAGUUCAUAUUUCCCCACAAAGACUCAUAAACAUACAUGCUUCUCCAUCACCAUUAUUCCCUAACCUUAUGCUCAUGACUUUUCCAUCAUAAUUUCAUAGCCCUCUUUCUGUCCUUUACACUUCAAUCCUUUCUACUCACACCACAAAUAUCACCUCUUUCCUCACAUUGUAGACUAUUUCCUUCCUUUCUCUUCCUUGUCUCCCUGUGCUUCUUUUCCAUCCUACGCCUCCACCACAACCACCGCAAACAUGUCUGUAAUCUCACUGCGCACCAAGCUUGGGUAUGGGUUUGGUCAUGUGCUGAAUGACCUCUGCUCAGCCAUGUGGUUUACGUACCUCUUAGUUUACUUCCACCAUGUCCUGCUCUUUGACAAUGGUCUGGCUGGGGUGGUGCUACUUAUCGGACAGGUUGCAGAUGCCCUGUCUACUCCUUUUGUUGGGCGGGAGGCAGACCGAACUGAUGACCUGCCAUUCUGCGUCCGUUACGGCAGAAGAAAAACCUGGCAUCUAUUUGGUUCAAUAAUGGUGCUAUGUGCCUUCCCCUUCAUCUUCAUGGGGUGCCUUGGAUGUGCCAAUGCUCAUGACUGGGCACAGGUUGUGUAUUAUGCCCCCUUUGUGGUGGUAUUCCAGUUUGGGUGGGCAGCCACACAGAUCAGCCAUCUUUCCCUCAUCCCCACCAUCACCCAGGAUCCAAAUGACCGCACUGAACUCAAUGCCAUCAGGUAUGGCUUCACAGUGAUGUCUAAUGUCACAGUAUAUUUGGUGACUUGGUUGGUGCUGGGCCUGGAUACCUCCUCUGAGGGCCGGGAAGCUGGCAUAGGACCAGAGGAUGCUACUAAGUUCAGGUACAUUGUUGCCAUUGUGUUGGUCAUUGGGAUGGUGUUUAUGGGAUUAUUCCAUGGACUGGUGAAGGAGAAAGGCAAUGACUACAACACCUUAGCAGCUCCUCAAGUGGAGAGGAGUGGAUCAGCAAAUGGGUCAGACUGUGGCAAUUCUACUCCACCACCUCCCUCACCCUUGCCAUGCAACCAUUUCAGAAUGACAGCCACAGAUUGGCUCAAAAAUACCCAGUUCUACCAGAUUGCAAUUCUGUACAUGGCCACCCGUCUCUUCUGCAACCUGUCACAAGCAUAUGUACCAAUUUACCUGCAAGAUUCCCUUCAUCUGGAGGAAGAGUCAGUAGCAUACAUACCCCUUGUCAUGUAUGUUUCUGGUUUUCUUACCACCACUGGCAUGAGAGCUCUUAAUAAGUACAUAGGAAGAAAGGCCUCCUACAUGCUGGGGACAGUGGUGGGCUUCAGCAGCUGGGGACUGCGGUUUGGGCAGGGAACACUUUAUGUGAACUAUCUACUGUAUGUGGUGGCAAUGCUAUUGGGAGCAGGUGGAUCUGUGAUGCUGGUCACCUCACUCUCAAUUACUGCUGACUUCAUAGGACCCAAUGUGGAGUCAGGAGCCUUUGUAUAUGGUUCUAUGAGUUUCACUGACAAACUAUCAAAUGGGAUUGCAGUGGUGCUGAUCCAGAACCUUAAUCCUUGCAUAAAUUGCUGUCCUGAAUGUUCCAACUAUUACCGAGAUAUUCUGUUCUACUGUUGUGGUGGAGCAGCUUUACUGGGACUACUGGCUGCCAUCUCACUCCUCCCAGCCAAGAUAGGAGACCGUAGGAAAGGUCAAGCCUCUGAGACCACCUCCAACCCCACUCCCAUCCCCUCAGGCACCUGUGCCAGGGAUGGGUGUCCACCAGCAUGCCCCAGUAAUCCCCCCACUGAUGCUAUCGUAGCAUUAAGGGGUAGCUGCAUUGGUGGUUGUGGUGGUGUUGAUAAUGGUGGUGAUGGGGAUAGUGGUGAUGGUGGUGGUGGUGAUGGUGUUACUGCAACUACCACAACAACAACAGCUUCUACAAAGGAGACAGACCAACAGGGAACAGAAGAGUACUUGGCCAUUCCACAAGGCAUCAGGGUGAGGGGAUCUUCUGCAUCUUCUGAGAGUGAUGGUGACGUGUAAUGCCUGAGUGUAGCAGUAGGGAGCAGGAAGGUGUAGAAGAAUCCCUCAACAAUAUUUUUGCACUUAUCUCCUACACCUGUGUUAAAACAAGAAUGCAAUGAUGGCUCAUAAAAAAAAAAAAAAAAAAAAAAAUACAGGACUAUUUGGUGCUGAUGUGAAAAUAAUGAUUCAUUAGCAAUUGGAGCGAAUGGAGUGAUAUGUAUGUAAUAGUUUAUUUGUGCGAUGUUACAAAAUUAUUUCUUUUCAGAGAUAAAUAAUGAUACAUUUUAUCUUAAGAGCAGCCUCUUAUGUUGGCUACUAUUUUAAACACAAAGGUCUUCCUGUGAUAGUGAAAGGAGUAGCCCAUGUGAAGGCUACCUUUCCAUGCACUGAACAAAAGGCAAAACCUAUAUCAUAUAACCUGUAAAACAAAGACAAAAAACUAGAGUGGUGCAGAAUAGGAAAAAAAUGUAUAUCUAGAGAAUAUAGAAUAAAAGAACAAUAAGGCUAAGAAAGGAACCAUAUGAUGGAUUAUUUACACUGACAACCACAUAUACAUGUCAGAGUUGGGUGUGGGAUGAAAGACAAAGAUCAAUGACAUUCUAAAAAAAAAUUACUUGAGAAGUGAAGAAUGGAUUGCAAAAACAUUAAAGGUAGUAUGUAUGAAAUGUUUGGUAUAUUUAGUAAAAGUGAAAGAAUGAAAAAUAUAGAGUUUGAAGGAGUCACACAGCAUCCUUUGGUGGUUCCAGCAACAUAAAAA